GAAAAUGAAUGUUUCUUUCGAUUGGCACCCGCUUGACUUUCCGCUGCAGUGUAGACCCCUCUGACCAGCUGGUUGUCAGACCGGUUUCGAUUGCAUUCGAUUAUGCCGUAUCGCGCAAUACCGUAGCCAAUCGCAAGGCCCACAGUGUCCACUAGUGCAGCGAGCAGCAGUAGCAGGCGGGAUGGCAUUUACGGUGCUCAACACGGUGGCGAAGCGGGCCGCCGCGAAUGUUUAUGUAACCAACGGGCUGCUGAAAAAUAUCGCCGCUUUAUAUAAUGUGCAGCCGGCGCGCGGUGCCGGGAAGUGGUUCCCGGACGAGCAGUUUAUCGACCAGUUCAAGGGCCCGGUCAUGUACCCGGACGAGGUGACCUCGCGCUGGAAGCUGCCGCCGUGGAACAGCAAGAUCGCACCGGUGGAGAAGACGGUGCGCAACCUGAGCCUCAACUUUGGCCCGCAACAUCCGGCGGCGCACGGUGUGCUGCGGCUGGUGCUCGAGCUGGACGGUGAGACGGUGAUGCGAGCCGAUCCGCACAUCGGCCUGCUGCACCGCGGCACCGAGAAGCUGAUCGAGUACAAAACGUACACCCAGGCGCUGCCGUACUUCGACCGGCUCGACUACGUGUCGAUGAUGUGCAACGAGCAGUGCUACUCGCUGGCGGUUGAAAAGCUGCUCAACAUCGACGUGCCGCUGCGUGCCAAGUACAUCCGCGUGCUGUUCGGCGAGAUCACCCGCAUCCUCAACCACAUCAUGGCCGUGGGCACGCACGCGCUCGACGUGGGCGCCCUAACGCCGUUCUUCUGGCUGUUCGAGGAGCGCGAGAAGAUGAUGGAGUUCUACGAGCGCGUGUCCGGCGCCCGCAUGCACGCCGCCUACAUCCGCCCGGGCGGUGUGUCGCAGGAUCUGCCGCUCGGUCUGCUCGACGACAUCUACGAGUUCGCGUCCAAGUUCGGCGAGCGGCUGGACGAGGUCGAGGACGUGCUGACUACCAACCGCAUCUGGGUGCAGCGCACGGUCGACAUCGGCAUCGUGUCGGCCGAGGACGCGCUCAACUACGGCUUCAGCGGCGUAAUGCUGCGCGGUUCCGGCAUCAAGUGGGAUCUGCGCAAGUCGCAGCCGUACGACGCGUACGACCGCGUCGAGUUCGACGUGCCGAUCGGCACCAAGGGUGACUGCUACGACCGCUACCUGUGCCGCAUCGAGGAAAUGCGCCAGUCGCUGCGCAUCAUCGACCAGUGCCUCAACCAGAUGCCGGCCGGCGAGAUCAAGACGGACGACGCGAAGCUGACGCCGCCGUCGCGCGCCGAGAUGAAGAACUCGAUGGAGGCGCUCAUUCACCACUUCAAGCUGUUCACCCAGGGCUACCAGGUGCCGCCCGGCGCCACCUACACCGCCGUCGAGGCACCGAAGGGCGAGUUCGGCAUCUACCUGGUGUCAGAUGGCUCGAGCCGCCCGUACCGAUGCAAGAUCAAGGCACCCGGUUUCGCCCAUCUGGCCGCGCUCGACAAGAUCGGCCGCCACCACAUGCUCGCCGACGUGGUCGCCAUCAUCGGCACGCUGGACGUCGUGUUCGGUGAGAUCGAUCGCUAGAGAUCCACAGGGGGGACCUUCCACACUUGGUUUUCCUGAAGCAAAACUACACACACACACACCGUAGCGUGCAGCGAAAUCCCUUCCGCAAGGGCCGUGCAUUGGCCCUGGCCGGGUGAUAAAUUCAGCAGUCGUCAACUCAGCCGUGUUAAACAUUAGCUUUACGAUUUUUUCUUUGUCCUUCUUUACGAAAACGAAAACUAUUAACAAAGCCGUUAAAGCUAUUUAACGAGUAAUUUAAUAAACGAGAAUAAAUCAACACUGAA